CCUUCACUGUGUUCCCUAACGGCGGUGAGUAGCACGACAGAAGGUCUGGAGGUCGGCCUGGACCAGGAACACACACCCGAUGGACUCCAAUCCACACUCAUCCGGGCCCGAUUUGGGAGGGCGACUACGGUUGGAGGGAUUCCCCUCAGGUUCUAUGGAGACCCUGGCCAAUCCCGGGACCCCUUGCAGCACCCUGGAUGGAGAGAAACACAACCAUGAACAUGGAGAAUGUGGUUUUUCAUUAGACAGCUCUCUGUCCUCAGAAGACAGUGACCAGGAGUGUGUCAGUAAGAAGCAGAAGAAAAAGAAGAAGCUGACAAAGAAAAAGAAGAAGGAUUCCAGUUCAUCGUCUUCAUCGUCGUCCUCCUCUUCCUCCUCUUCUUCCUCCUCCUCUUCCUCAUCUUCAUCCUCCUCAAGCAGCUCGUCAGACAGCGACAGUGAGGAUGACAAGAAGAAAAAGAAGAAGAAGAAGAAAAAGAAGAAGGAGUAUGUCUGGAGCAGUGUUGUGGUGUGUGAGCCGUGCCUCCCCGAAACCUGUAUCUGUCAAAAGCCACCAUCUGACAUCGAUGUGGAUGAAUUGGACCUGAGCGCAUCAGACAAUGGUGAUGACCUAAAGGAAAAGAAGAAAGACAAGAAAAAAGAUAAAAAGAAAGACAAGAAAAAAGAUAAAAAGAAGGAUAAGAAGAAGAAGAAAAAGAAGAAGAAGGAUUCUAGCUCCUCGUCUUCCUCUUCGGAUACUUCCUCCUCAUCUGAUAGUGAAGAUGAAAAGAAGAAGAAAAAGAAGAAGAAGAAGAAGAAGAAGAAGAAGAAGAAGGACUCCAGCUCUUCCUCUUCAGACAGUUCGUCCUCCUCUUCCUCCUCCUCUUCUUCCUCUUCUGACAGCGACAAAGAUAAAAAGAAGAAGGAUAAGAAGAAAGAUAAGAAGAAAGAUAAGAAGAAAGACAAGAAGAAGGACAAGAAGGAGGAUAAGAAAAAGGGGGAGAAGGAGGGCGGUCAGCAGGAAGACGAGGAGAAUGUUGCUGUUGUUUCUGUUGCUGGUGACGAGGUUGCAGGACCAAGUGGUUAUGGAGACAAGGACAAGAAGGAGAACAAGCCCAAAGGGGAUCGCCCGGUGGCACGUGACCUCUAUGCUGAGGGCGUCCAGGCACAGUCAAGGGAUCAGGAUCCUGGCAACGUGAGUGAUGACGAGGGAGAAGGGGAGGCAGCCAAGGACGAGGACAAGAAGACAAAGGUGUUGAAGAAGAAGAAGGAGAGCAAGGAUUCUGGCGCAUGUUCAUCAGACAACGAUGAUGCCGGGAAAGACAAGAAGAAAGAUAAGAAGAAAAAGAAGGACGAUGGCUCAGACUCAGACAGUGAUGAUGACAAAAAGAAGAAGAAGAAGAAGAAGAAGAAGAAGUCCAGCUCUUCUGACGACAGCUCCUCUUCCUCAUCUUCCUCCUGCUCCUCCUCCUCUUCUUCCUCCUCUGAUAGUGAGGAUGAUGAGGACAAGAAAAAGAAAGAGAAGAAAAAGAAGAAAGAUAAGAAGAAUAAAGACAAGAAGAAAGAUAAGAAGAAAGACAAGAAAAAGAAGAAGAAGAAGGACGACAGCUCCGACUCAGACAGUGAUGAAGACAAGAAGAAGAAGAAGAAGAAGAAGAAGAAGAAGAAGAAGAAGAAGAAGAAGGUGAAGGAGUCCAGCUCUUCUGAUGACAGCUCCUCUUCCUCAUCCUCCUCGUCUUCCUCCUCCUCUGAUAGUGAGGAUGAUGAGAAAAAGGACAAGAAAAAGAAAGAUAAGAAAAAGAAGAAGGAUAAGAAGAAUAAAGACAAGAAGAAAGAUAAGAAGAAAGAUAAGAAAAAUAAGAAAAAGAAGGACGACAGCUCUGACUCAGACAGUGAUGAUGACAAAAAGAAGAAGAAGAAGAAGAAGAAGAAGAAGCAGAAGGACUCAUCUGACAGUGAGGAUGACAAGAAGAAAAAGAAGAAGAAAGACAAAAAGAAAAAGGAUGCUUCCUCAUCUGACUCUGAUUCUUCUUGUGAUGAGAAGAAAAAGAAAAAGAAGAAGGAUAAGAAGAAGAAGAAGAAGAAGGAAAAGUCAAAGGACUCUGAUUCUUCAAGCAGUGAUGAUGAUAAGAAGAAAAAGAAGAAGAAAAAGAAGAAGAAGAAGAAGAAGCAGAAGAAGAAGGACUCCAGUUCAAGUUCAUCUGACAGUGACAGCGGCAAAGAUAAGGAUAAAAAGAAGAAGAAGAAGAAGGAUAAGAAAAAGAAGAAGAAGAAGGACAAAGGUCCACCAAGUUCAUGUGAUAGUGAAGGUGGCAACGAUGAGAAGAAGAAGAAGGAUAAGAAGAAGGGCUCAUCAGGGAGUGACACUGACAAGGAGAACAAGAAGCAGGAGCUGUUUCCUCGGGCUGAAUUCCACCCUCUUGAUCGGGAGCCCACAGAAGAGGACCCUGAGCCAGGAAGAUCCAUUGCUGAGCUGGAGGACCUCACAUCUUUGGCUGUGUGGUCCAUAAUUGCCCAGCCCCAGAACCAGGGUCUUCAGGGCAUUGUGACUGCAAUGAUGGUCAAUGACCAACAGCGGGAUGCUGUGCAAGCUGCCACUGUCGGUCAGAGCACCAGCACCCUUUGGCACACUCUUAGGGAGGGCAGACUGACGGCCAGCAAUUUUGGCGCCGUGUUGCCAGCUCUGCUGAGGGGAAGGAGUGUUGCUCCAUCGGUCAUUGGAAUGUUGCUAAGCCCCAGAUCCCUUGACCAUUUGCCAGCGAUCCAGUGGGGACGUAUGAAUGAGAUCGAGGGAAUCAAGGCCUUUGAGCAGGCCAAAAAUGUUCAGGUCAACGAGUCAGGCCUUUGGCUUGCACCGUCAGGGAUGCUGGGCGCUUCACCAGACGGUUUGGUGGGAGAAUCAUCCAUCAUCGAGGUUAAGUGUCCUUACAGUGCCCGAUACAUGACAAUUGAAGAGUCUUCGAAAAAUAAAGACUUCUUCUUAGAAAAUGUAGAUGGGCAUUAUUCUCUAAAAAAAAAACACCCAUACUGGCAUCAGGUGCAGGGGCAGAUGCAUAUUACUGGGACAGAGCGGUGCGCUUUUGUCACCUGGACCACCAAAGACUCUCUAGUCUUGGAAGUGGAUAUUGACGAGUCUUGGUCCUCAAACCUUGGGCUGCUGGAGGGGUUCUAUGAAUCCAUCCUUUUGCCUAAGUUGGUGGAGCAAUAAAUUCAUACAUCUCUAUAGUCAUGUUUGGUUUCCAGUUUCUGUAACAAAGCAUAUUAAAGAAAAUAUUUAGGCUAAUGAUUACAGCAUUAAUGACAAUGUUAACAAGCAGAAAUUUGUUAACAUUGUCAAUCAAACCUGAUUACAACAUAUAUGCUUACUGAAUAUGUUUUUCUGAAUAUGUAAUAACUAGCGAAACACAAUCUAAAUGCAACCUGAGCAAACAAUAUAUGUGACACUUGCAAAGCUGAUUUCGGUCAGUUAAGUAGUAGUUAAGUAGUAGGCAUUUAACUAAGGAAAAAAAAUGUGAACAGUCAGUUUUCCACUGCAGUGGCAGCCUGACCUGGCAGAAAGUUUUUAGUUGACUGACGGAUGGCCAGGAAGUUGAUUUCAGUCACGGGUGGCCAGUACUUUUACGGAUACUUCACAGAUACAGAACCGGCGUUCUAUCAUUAUAACGUUUUUUCUUCCCUCAGUCUAACCCAGUCUUCCCUUGGCACAGCUGUCCUCCUUACAUUUCUCCUGACGUCAAAUGAUGCGUUUGACGUCAUGUCAGUAGAAAUUUGCUUGCCUGCUAGAAGGGCCGAGAACUACAAACCACUGGUUCCGCAAAUUUGUAAGUGCACCAAUAAGGGAUGAGGAGGGCAGGAGCUUGCAUACAAGAUGUAAACAGAAUGUCCGCCAUGUUUCUUCACCGCUUAGCUAGAGAACUAGACCAACAGAAACCUCCGACCAUGGCAGAAGCAAAUUUGCAAUGGGAAACAGCCGAGGUGGACACCCGUGUAUUGAUUCUCG